CAGUGGAAUGAUGGACAUGGGAUACGGCGACUACCAGUUAGAGGCGGCCGUCAGUAAGAUUCACGCAUCGGAGGCCGCGUGGUAUGUGUGCGAUGAGGCCAUACAAAUACUCGGGGGUAUGGGUUAUAUGCGAGAGACCGGACUCGAGAAGAUUUUGAGGGACAUCCGUAUAUUCCGUAUAUUCGAGGGAACCAAUGAUGUCAUGAGACUGUUUGUGGCGCUCACGGGUUUGCAAUACGCCGGCGGACACCUCAAAGAGUUGCAGCGGGCGAUGAAUAACCCGGUGGCCAACUUAGGAGUCAUAUUUGGUGCCGGCACUAAACGAUUCGCCCGCACUGUCGGCCUAUCGUCCGGCCCAUCGCUGUCUGAAUACGUGGCGCCUCAGCUCCGGGACAACGCGGCACUGGUCUCGAAGUCCAUCCAGAACUUCGGCGCAUCCGUUGAACACCUGCUCAUCAAAUACAACAAAAACAUUAUCAACGAACAGAUGCUUCAGCGACGACUGGCCGACGCGGCCAUUGAUAUCUACGCCUCUGUAGUAAUGCUUCAGCGACGACUGGCCGACGCGGCCAUUGAUAUCUACGCCUCUGUAGUAGUGCUGAGCCGCGCGUCCAGAGCUCUGGAGAAGAACCUGUCGAGCGCUGGGAUUGAGAAGAAGAUCGCGGAUCUGUUUUGCAAUGAGGCAUCGGUACGGAUAGCGACAAAUCUGAGUCAACUUCGAGGCACUCAAGACCUGAAGAACUACUCGACAAUGAAAGCGAUCGCCGAAGAGGUGCUCAACAACGGCGGUGUUGUCCAGAAUCACCCGUUGGGCUGAAGUGUUGGCCAUAGAAUCCAUUGUUAACAUUAUUAUAAUUAUUAUCGUAAACUGUUUUUUAUCUCGUGUUUUAUUUUAUUUUUCAUUUAUUUCCGGACAUUAAAUGU